UCUAUCUUGGAAUUAUUUCCCUCCCUUCAUUCAUAAAGGAAUAACUUAGAAGUUGUUGUUUGCAUAAGGAUGUUGUAAACCACCCAGAGAGGGCUUUUGAACCAUACAACUAUAUAAGUUGAAACCACCACAACUCCAUUGCAUGACAAUCGAAACUUCAUUAAGGAUAAUUUAUUUCCUUUUGUGGCAACAAUGACCUUAAGUGUAGCUGAUGGCCAUGCUUGUUGUAGGAUUCUGGGAGUUAUAACUCCAAAAAGUAACUUUCCAUUUGUAAAAAAAAAUUCUUUCCAUUCCUCCUUUGAAAUGAGGAGCCUUCCUCUCGUCUUGAACCCUGGCCAUAACAAACUGAAAGUCCCUCGCAGCUUAUUUCUAUAUAUGAUUAUCUAAAUAUAGUCUUUUAAAAAAAGAAAGGCUGGUCUCGUGGAGGGUGGAGAGUUUAUAGAGGAACACCCACAUUUGUAGAGGGAGGAAAAAAAAUCAUCUCGGGAAAUGUUUAUUUCUUCAUUAUCUUCCAGUCCCAACAGACCAAGUAAAGAUCUGUCGGGAUCAAAACAAGCCAGCUGAAACUUCUGUCCGGUCCUUCCUUCUUAUGCCUCUUCCCUUUUCUCCGGGAUCUGUUGCUGCAGGUAUUGAGAGCCGCUCCGGAUAAAUGACUUCCUCUCACUUUGCAGAAGAAGCUCCUGUCCGCAGGGUUGCGCUCUUCGGGGGCACCCACGGUAAUGAGCUCUCGGGGGUCUUCCUGGUCAAACACUGGCAACAGGAGGGCGAGCCCGAGAUUCGGAGACCAGGGCUGGAGACAAAACCAUUCAUGGCCAACCCAAGAGCCGUGGAGAAAUGUUGCCGAUACAUCGACUGUGACCUCAAUCGGGUGUUCGAGACGGAAAAUCUUGGAAAGCCGCUGGCAGAAAAUGCUCCGUAUGAAGUGCAAAGGGCUCAAGAAAUAAACAGCAUAUUUGGCCCGAAAGGUAGCCGGGACGCUUACGACCUCAUCUUUGAUUUGCACAAUACGACAGCCAACAUGGGCGGCACUCUCAUCCUGGAGAGUUCCAGGGAUGAUUUUACCAUUCAGAUGUGCUCUUAUAUUAAGAUAUUUCCCCCCCAGGGUGCUCUGGCUCCGGAGGUCUGCCCUGUCUUCCUCAUUGAACAUCCGCACCUGAAAUACGCCACAACUCGCUCUGUUGCAAAACAUCCUGUGGGCGUUGAAGUUGGUCCUCAGCCCCAUGGGGUUCUCAGAGCUGACAUCCUGGAGAAGAUGAGGAAGAUCGUCCGACACGGCCUUGAUUUCAUACGGAUGUUCAACGCAGGACAAGCCUUCCCUCCCUGCACCAUCGAGGCUUACAAAAUUAUGGAGAAAGUGGAUUAUCCGAGAGGCAAAAACAACGAGAUUACCGCUCUCAUUCACCCUGAUCUGCAGGAUCAAGACUGGCGGCCUCUCCACCCUGGCGACCCUAUAUUUUUAACGAUGGAAGGCGAGGCAAUCCUGUAUGAAGGAGAGACCACCGUUUACCCAGCCUUUGUGAAUGAGGCGGCUUAUUAUGAAAAGCAACAAGCGUUUGUUAAAACGGUAAAAGAAACAUUAAGUGCACGAGGCAUCAGACUCUCUCAGAACUAAAAUAGUUCUCUAACUGGUUCGCAACGUUUAGGACCAGGUUUGCUAACUUUUUCGCCUCUUCUAACCCAAGAUGGCUAGAACAGGUAGAUCAUAACGCAGACUGAGAACUGAAUUUAUAACUGUAAGUAA